CAAAAACCGCUAAUUUCCUCCCUACUCCCCAGUCAAUCCCCGCCCCGUGUCGCCGUGUCGGCCAGGCCCUUGCGCGGCCGCCGUGGAAGGACCCCCAGCGAUGGGCUCCGGCGAGGAAGACACAGGAGGCGGAGGAGGGGCGGUGCGGGGCGCGGUGCUGAAGGCGCUCGUCGUCGGCGGCGGCGUCCUGCUGCUCCGCCGCCUGCGCCGCUCCACCACCCGUUGGGACCACGCGCGAGCCGUCGCCGACGCGCUCUCCGGAGAAAAGUUCUCGAGGGAGCAGGCGAGGAAGGAUCCUGACAACUUCUUCAAUUUGAGUGACAUAAUGUCCUGCGUUGCAAUUCAGCCUUCUUUUAUUUUCAGAAUGCUCACAUGUCCUGCAACCGAGACGGUGGAUGGUUCAAGGGUGCUUUACUUUGAGCAUGCAUUUUGGAGAUCUCCAGAAAAGCCUUUUAGACAAAGAUUCUACAUGGUAAAGCCCUGUCCGAAGGAGAUGAAAUGCGAUGUUGAGUUGAGUUCAUAUGCAAUUAGGGAUGCUGAAGAGUACAAGAAUUUCUGUGACCGUCAAAAGGAUCAGAGGCCACAGCCAGAAGAAGUAAUUGCGGAUAUCGCAGAGCAUCUGACCACCAUACACUUGUCACGGUGUGGCCGUGGAAAACGUUGCUUAUAUGAAGGAUCUACCCCACCUGAAGGUUUUCCCAACAACUGGAAUGGUGCAUCAUAUUGUACAUCGGAUUUGUCCAUCCACAAAAACGGUGAAGUACAUAUCUGGGACAAAGGUUUUGACGAUGAAGGGAACCAGGUUUGGGGAACCAAGGUUGGCCCUUACGAGUUCAAGCCUGCCCCCAAAUCCAAAUAUGACGACAUGUUCUCGCCAUUAAAUUUCUCCGCCCCUUUGUCACUAGAGAAGAAGUUGGAUAAAGCAUAUGUAAUUGAUGACCAGUAGAGGCUGAGCCCAAAAUUUUGUUCAUAGGAAUGCAAGAAUAGCAUGUAUGUAUAUAUUGUACUGAGUUCUAAUGCAUUUUUUUUGACCAACCUGUGGAUCUUGGUUGUCCAUGUUUAGUAUGGUGAGGCAUGAUACCUAGUCUGAACCAAUUUAAGCUAGUAUGCAAGAUGACCCAGUCGCAUUGUAUUUGUAUCCUAUGGUGUAUUAUGCCAUGUCAGAAAAGAUUUGUUCUAAGCAAAUUACAUCAGAUGGUAUAUAGUGUACUAUGACAGUGACAUUAAGAUUCCUGAUGUAUAUCGAA